AGGAAGCCGCGGUGUACGGGCGCCCGGGAGCUUGACGCCAUGGGUGGGGCCGAGACGUGAGGGCAGCGCGCUGGCGUCACAGGGGCGGCUAUAUAAGUGAAUACAGGCGCCGCCCCUCCGCCCCAGUCACUGAGCCGCCGCCGAGGACUCAGCUGCCUCCCCCUCGAGCCCCCUCGCUUCCCGACGCUCCGUCCCCCCCGCCCGCCUUCUCCCGCAGCCGCCUUCCGCAGGCCGUUUCCACCGAGGAAAAGGAAUCGUAUCGUAUGUCCGCUAUCCAGAACCUCCACUCUUUCGACCCCUUUGCUGAUGCAAGUAAGGGUGAUGACCUGCUUCCUGCUGGCACUGAGGAUUAUAUCCAUAUAAGAAUUCAACAGAGAAACGGCAGGAAGACCCUUACAACUGUCCAAGGGAUCGCUGAUGAUUACGAUAAAAAGAAACUAGUGAAGGCGUUUAAGAAGAAAUUUGCCUGCAAUGGUACUGUAAUUGAGCAUCCAGAAUAUGGAGAAGUAAUUCAGCUACAGGGUGACCAGCGCAAGAACAUAUGCCAGUUCCUGAUAGAGAUUGGACUGGCUAAGGACGAUCAGCUGAAGGUUCAUGGGUUUUAAGUGCUUGUGGCUCUCGGAAGCUUAAGUGAGGAUUUCCUUGCAAUGAGUAGAAUUUCCCUUCUGUCCCUUGUCACAAGUUUAAAAACCUCACAGCUUGUAUAAUGUAAUCAUUUGGGGUCCGCUUUUAACUUGGACUAGUGUAACUCCUUCAUGCAAUAAACUGAAAAGAGCCAUGCUGUGUAGUCUUGAAGUCCCUCAUUUAAACAGGUUAAGCAGUAAGCCCUGGCAGUGUCCACCCUGAAACAAAGCAAUAACAAAGUUUCAGCCAAGAACCCCAAGAUCACAGGAGGCUAUGUCUGACCAGAGGUUCCUUGGGGCUCCCUCCACAGAGUCCCCUGCCCUAGGAGAGUGUCAUCACUUGAACAGCCCAGGUGACCGAGAGUAUGGGUAACACUGCCCCAGCUAUGUCACUAGAGGGAGUUUCUGGCCAUAAAAAGAACUCCUGGUGUCUGACCAGGUAGGCAGAAUUCAGAAAAGGCCACCUUUCCAAGAGAAGUUAUGGACGUCUAGCUCACCACCGGGGUGGUCUUUUUAAAGCAGAUCUAUCCUACCUAGCCAAGGGAUGUUGAAAUAUGAAGGGUAAGACCAGCCUGGUAUCAGUUAAACUUAGGACAAGGGAACAAAUGCCAAGCUGGUGCCAUUGGUCGUGUGGCUAGCUGUAGAAGCUUCAACUCAAUAUGAGCCGCUGCCCAGUGCCAUGUGAAGGAACAAACUGGUCUUUUGGUUUUCUUUUCCCUUCCAGUUUUAAUGUUAUGUAAUGUAUUUAAAACCUUAUUUAAAUAAAGCUUGUUUUCAGAAAUA